AUUUGCCUCUUUCCAGAGAAUCUGGCAUUAAGAGGAACUCCUGCACAGUCGACAACAUACAGUACUCGGUCCGCGAACCGCGCCAUCGAUGGUGGCAAGGAUUCCUCUACAUCUUCUACUACUUGUGCCGCAACCAGUUGGGAGGGCCACCCGUGGUGGAGGCUGGAUCUACAGGUUGUGUAUAGAGUGAACACAGUGGUCGUCACUUACAGAGACGACAGCCUUCCAGGAAGAUGGAAAGAUAUCCAGGUUAAAUUUGGAAACUCUCUGCAAAACGAUGGAAACGACAAUCCCAGAUGUGCCGUGAUCUCAAGUAAUCCUGCAGCCAACAGCUUCAUCUACUCUUGCUCUGAUCGAGAGGGACAAUACGUCAACGUCUUCAUGAACGAGUGGUCAGAUUUCCUCUCGGUGUGUGAGGUGGAAGUAUACGAGUCAGAUAUUUCCAGGCAAUACUUCAUAAAAAUGAUGUUUAACUCCACCGCUAAUCUGACCGACCCGACAGUAACGGACAGCGUGCUUAGUGAGCUGAAGUCAGCUUUAGGAAUCACUAAUGUGACGCUGAGCUGGUCUCAAAGCCCUGAAGAAGAAAUAACGGUGAUCCAAAAUGAACAUGAAAACGAUCCCUGCUGAAGCAGAUCUCUGGAGACGCUCUGAGGAGUAACAUCCAUCAUCUGUUUCCAUUAUAUUAUAGCUUUUUCAUUAUUCAUCUCACAUUUACUGCAAACAUGCGGUUUUUAUUAUAUUUAUAAUAUAAUAUUUAUUUUUAUUUAUUUUUAUUAUAUGAUACAUAAUCAUGAGAAAAAGCUUCAUGUUUUAAGAUUUUUUUUCUAAGUAAAUAAGUACAAUAAGCAAAUGAUACAUGAUAGAUACUUACUGAUUUCAUAUUUAAGUAAAAAUAAAAACUUUGAACUUUUAUCUUCCCAAAAUUAUGUUUUUAUUUUAUAGCUAUGAAAAAUGUAUAAUGAAUCAGAUGGUUAAAUAAUACUUAAUGUAAAUGUAACAGUGUAACAAAAUGUAACAAAUGUAACAGCAUAGGGCGUUGUGUGCUCUUCAUUAUUGCUUAGAUCUUCAGCCUUGUUUUUGCUUAAUAUCUUCUGAGUAGAAGUCAGUGGAAUGAAAGUGAAGUGUGACCAUCCUUUGGUUGGUACAAAUUAUCCACUAAUUUGCCAAAAACAUAAAAUGAUUGCUAAAUCUCAUCUGUCUAAAUGCUGGUAUGUUGGUAUGCUCCUCUCUACAAUAGAUGUAUGUGUGUGUGUGUGUGUGUAUAUAUAUAUAUAUAUAUAUAUAUAUAUAUAUAUGCUGAAAUAGAUCCCAUGAGGAUCAAAAGAAAGACAUCAUAAACCUGCUUAAGGUGGUUUCCAUAGCUGGGGUUCUUUUCAGUUUGUUUCUUAGCAGUGUGUGCAAUGAUGUUAUUUUGUUUGAAAAAUAUAUAUUUAUACUAAUAUUUAACCAUUGAUACCCUGAACAUACUGUAAUGCAUAUAGUUAUUGUGAAAUUAGUUACUACAAGUCCAUACUAAAAAAACCAUGACAUUUUAAUAUAAAUUAAAUAAUAUGUAGUCUAAAUAUGAUUCAACCUAAAAUUAUGUAUCAAUUUACAUAUUUUAUCUAGGCCCACUGCAUAUAAUAGCUGUUAUCAGGUUAUCUUGUAAAUCAUUUGCUUUAAAUAUUUAUUAAUUUCUGCACAAUUUAAUGUCUAGAGUUAAUGUGUCUAGUAUAAUAUCAUUGGUGUGAGGAUCAGGAUAAAGAAAACGACUUAUGAUUUAUUUUGCUUUUCAAAGACAACAUUAAAAGUGA